CACAGGUAUCCCGUUCUGCCAUUAAUUCGCCCUCUCUUAUUCUUUUCCCUUACAAAAAGUACUAGCUAUGCAGCACACGGCUUUGGUACUGCUUUACUUAUGUAUAGUAGUCGCUGCUAGCCCCAGACCUCUCGCUCCAGCGCCGUCCAGCUUGGACGUGAACAACCCUUCUAGUUCGGAUCCCACAUCAAUCCCCAAGUCAAUUUCUUUUCCGGCACGGGCCUCAAACCCCUAUCCAUCAGGCAUACCUCCCCAACCCAGCUUAUGCGACGGACAAAACCCAUCCGAUGACUGUUUUAACGCUAUGGGAGGAGGAUCUGGAGGCUACCUCUAUUUUGACAAUGACUCGAAUUGCACCGACCCUCAAAAGUCCGCACUAGAAACUGCCGUCUGGGAUGCGACAACACUAGCUUCCUAGGCGUCCGACUUCCCAAAUAGUGGUGCAGGCGCCCGUGGCCGAGCCUCUGAGAUCUUUUAUAUGGGGCCCGACUAUGCCUCGCAGCAGACCCGAAUUGCCGGCAAUCUCAAGCGUGCCUGGCAGUUCAAGACGCCUGAAACGUCUGAUAAAGAAGUGGCUGGGUGUAUUAUUACCACUAUAUUACUCUCUGUCCCCUGUUCUUCAGCCUGGAUACUCUCGACACCAAGAUCGCCGACGUAGAGAGGGACCUCGCGAGUGGCAGCACAAAUUUGCUACCGAUAUGACCUGGCUACAGAACACCGGUCAAUUCUUCCUCCACGAGUUGAUGCAUACACGUAUUGCGAACGGCGCCGAUGAGCCACAUAUCACCGAUGAAUAUGUCGCCCCUAUUCCAGAAGGUGAAAAACCCGGUACAAAUGAUAUCAAGGCAUACGGCCCAAGGCUGGUUCACAACCUGGCCAAACGGAGUCUUAACCAGGGCGGCGGCGCGACCAGAGCUUCAACAAACGCCGACAGCUACGCAAUACUAGCUAAUGCUAUCUGUCUUGAUACUAACCCUCCAUCUGGGUGGUGGGAUACCACGGGAUACUUCCCCGGAGUUCCUGGAAAGCAAAACCCAAGCACAGCCCAAGAUGACUUUGAUGAUAACAACUUCCCUGUCUCCCUCUACGUCGAUUUCGACAACAGUACAGAUCCGAGCAGUUCAGACGCCACCAACGUUUUGGCCGCCAAUCUGGAGGCAUUCGGUAACGGGCCUCCCGAUCCGGAUGACGAAGUUCCCACGGCGACGACGACGGCGGCACCACCACCGGCCAAGACGACUGCUCCCCCUUCCCCCGCAGCGGAUACAUGCGGUGACUCGUACAAGUUCGUCUUAGACCACUUCGACGUCUACGGCAAGAACUUUGAUCCCACAAAGUUCGGCACCGAUGGUUCUGGGCUGAAGAAACAGAUUCAAGGUUGCGGUGCCUUGACCGGGUGGAGCUUCAAAACACUAACCAGUGAAACCUACCAGUGGCAUGCCUCGGGAAACCUGCCCAUCGGAACGAAGGCGUGUGUCGGCCGCGCCGUCGUAUCGGCAGGCGGAGCUUCCGCUGAUGGGUGCCACGGCGCUGGGUAA